GUGGAACUUUUCCUACGAGUGGCGACAUUGGAGGGCUUCUUGUGACAAUGUAAGAUCCUAAUAUGAGCUUCUUCUGUGGAUUAGACCCUUGGAUAAAUAUGGAUUAGACCACUCAACGAUGGAGUAGGCCUACUGAGAGUACAAAGGGCAAUCCUUGGCGAGGAUCCUCCGCAAUGAAGGACCGCCUAAAAGACCUACGGGAGCGGACUCAGGAGUUGCCUGACACAGGAAGUGCGAGUUCCACAUCGGAGGAGGAGGGUCACCAUGACGACUCGGUGGCGGUGGAGGCCAUCACGCCGCAGGCUGUUCUGUUUGAGGAGGAACCCGUCAUUGGCAACUUCCUGUCCCAAGUUCAGCUAAUCCGGAAUGAUAUCAGCACCCUGGAGACGGAGGUUCUCAAGUUCAACCAGCAGCAGAAGAUGUUGGUUGCAACCAUGCGGCGUUUUAGCAUCAUCAAGAAGGAAAGCAGCAUUACGAGGGACAUCAAACUCCGAGCUGAGAGCCUUCACCGACGUCUGGAAACUCUUUCAAAACAAGUCCAAAAAGCAGAAGAGGAGCAGGGACCCACGGCCGUCACCACCAGAAUACAACGUUCCCAGCACACCGCCAUGUACUCCAAAUUCCAGCAGGUGAUGCGGCAGUAUAACGAAGGCUUGUUGACCAAGCAGGACCGCUGUAAGCACUUCAUCAUCCGGCAGCUGGAGGUGUCGGGAAGGGACGUGACCGAAGGGGACGUGAACGACAUGGUGGCGACGGGGAAAUGGGAGGUCUUCAACGAGAACCUGCUGAACGACGCCAGGAUCACCCGCUCCCAACUCUCUGAGAUCGAACAGCGGCACAAGGAGUUGUUGAGCCUCGAGAGCAACAUGAUGGAGCUGAGGGACCUCUUCAUGGACAUCUUCAUGUUUGUAGAGGAACAAGGCGCCUACAUCGAGCACAUUCAGACCAACGUAGAACAGACCCAGGAUUACGUGGCGGCGUCCAACGAGAAGUUCAAGUUGGCCGCCAGGUACAAGAAGAAGAACCCUCUCCGUCAGAUCUGCUGCUGUUGCUGCCCUCCCUGGAAAUGCUGCGUGUGAAGUUGUGCGGAUUGGAACCGAGUGCUGGUGUUUCAAAUGUCUCCCUCACCUGUUGGGAGUAAACAACAUUGGACUCAAGUGCCAUUAAAGUGAAGGUUAUGGUCACUGUUGAACACAGCAACGGCCAAGACAGAUCCAGCAGAGCAUAGAAAACAAUUAAGGGGGAGGCCAGGAAUUGGUUUUUUUUGAGGCACUUAUUUCUUUGAAGAGAGUGUGAAGUGACUGCUAUUGGAAGAGACAGUUCAGUGAGUGCUCCUCGCCAACAUGGCGGCGUAUCCGUGACCUUCACUGUCAUCUGAGAGAGGUUACAAAUAAGACUACUACCUCUGCAACUGUCACUGCUUCAUCACAAAUUCCAAUCUUCUGAACUUUCUCUUUGUCUGCCAAAAGUAUGUUUUUUAUGUCCAGACAUUGCACUUUAAGCUUUAAAAUGUGUGUGGGUAGUCGUAUGACAGCAUAUUAGGUAGCAGUGACGUGCAGUCACUGGAGGGAGGUGUUUGUUAUGCGGGAUUAAUUUGUGGCAUAUUAAAUAUAAGCCUGGUUGUGUUGUGGCUAAUAAAGUAUAUAUAUGUCUUGUGUUUA